AAACUAUAUUCUUGUAAGGUUAGGUUACUGUCAAAAUCGUAAACAUAUUCGUUACUUGUAAGCAGGUUACUUUUAUAAUCAGCGAAGAUGACAUCUGUUUCGAUGUUUUCUUGUUUUCGGAGCUGCUUGGACGGUUUAAAUGUUUAUAGAAUAUCGUCCCAUGCACCACACGCAGCUAAAGAAAAUCCAAUACAUUUGGAUACUGCUUUUUUGGGAUACGAAGUUGUAAUCGUUAAAUCGGGUCAUCGUUUAUGUGGUGCUGGGGCGGCUCUAGGCAAUGCCCCAUUGGUACAGUCAAAAAGUUAUUUUGAGGUUAAAAUACAACAAGGGGGUUCUUGGUCAAUUGGCUUAGCUACAAGACAGACAGAUUUAAGUCUAACCCAGGGUGGAAAUGAUGAAUACUCCUGGGCUUUGUGUAGUGAUAAUGUAAUAAGGCAUAAUAAACAAGAAAUAUAUAGAAUAGGUACUGCAACCAAUAUUGUAGCAAAUGGUACUAAUGCUACUCCACUAGCCCCACAAGAAGGUGAUAUAAUAAGUGUAUCCUAUGAUCACAUUCAAUUGAAGUUUUAUUUGAAUGGUUCUGAGUUGGAGUUUCCAGUUACCAAUGUUAAAGGAACUGUCUAUCCUGCACUUUAUGUGGAUGAUGGUGCAAUAUUGGAUAUAAUUCUUGACAACUUUAAUAUCGCCCCGCCGGGAGGAUUCGAUAAAAUAAUGCUGGAACAGUCUUUGCUAUAAUUGAUGUUCAGCAGAAACUCAAAUGGAACCUUUAAUUGGCGGGUAUUUCAAGGUACAAAAGGUUUACUAUACAAAGGAAAUGUUCCCUCUUCAAACAAGUCUUCAAAUUAAGACUACUAAUCUUAAGUAUAUAAUUUAAUUCGCCCCUGUGGCAUAAUUCUAUAUUAAAAAUACAAGACUUAAUCACAAAUGUAUCACAAAGUAUCUAAUAUUCCAAAAUUAUCAUAUUUGAAUGUAUAUAGAUAGUAGGCAAAACAUAUUUACUAAGUGUAUAUAUUUUUGGAUAAUUCAAUAAGGGUUUCUCCUCCAUCCAGUAUUCUAAUUGAACAAAUUUUUUUUUUUAAUAUUAUAGAACAAAUUAAUUAAUCAUUGUGUGUUA